AUGACACCUGCCUGCUGUGGGCUUGGGUUUCCCCGCCUGGGACCUGCCUCCCACCUGAGCACGGAUCGCGCGGCCCAGAGUUGGGAAGACACCUGCUGGGGAGAAGCAGGGUGCAAAAUCAAGGCUCUGCGGGCCAAGACGAACACAUACAUCAAGACGCCGGUGCGUGGGGAGGAGCCCGUCUUCAUCGUAACUGGCCGCCAGGAGGACGUGGAGAUGGCCAAACGCGAGAUCCUGUCUGCGGCGGAGCACUUCUCGGUGAUCCGUGCCACCCGCAGCAAGGCCGGCGGGCUGCCCGGCACCGCGCAGGGCCCACCCAACCUGCCGGGACAGACCACCAUCCAGGUGCGCGUGCCCUACCGCGUGGUGGGGCUGGUCGUGGGGCCCAAAGGCGCCACCAUCAAGCGCAUCCAGCAGCGGACGCACACGUACAUCGUGACGCCCGGGCGGGACAAGGAGCCGGUGUUCGCGGUCACGGGCAUGCCCGAGAACGUGGACCGGGCCCGGGAGGAGAUCGAGGCGCACAUCACGCUGCGCACCGGCGCCUUCACCGACGCCGGCCCCGACAGUGACUUCCACGCCAACGGCACCGACGUCUGCCUGGACCUGCUCGGAGCCGCUGCAGGCCUCUGGGCCAAGGCCCCCAACCCCGGGCGGCGGCCCACCCUGCCUAGCGCCAGCCUCCGGGGGGACAGUACCCUGGGCGCCCCGGGGGGCCCCGAGGCCUUCUACCCCAGCAGCCGCGGAGGACCGCCAGUGCCGGACACGGGCCCCGCCAGCCCCUGCGGCUCAGGCAACGGGGGCUUCACCUUCGGCGGGGACGGCCCUGGAGCCCCGACUGGGCCACCUGCCCCCGAGGACUGUGACUUCGGCUUCGACUUCCUGGCGCUGGACCUGACGGUGCCCGCAGCAGCCACCAUCUGGGCCCCCUUCGAGCGCGCUGCGUCCGUGCAGGCCUUCGUCAACGGGGCCCCCGGCCCGCCGGCCCCCGGUGUCCGGCGCAGCAGCGGGGCUGGUACCCCGCGACACUCCCCCACGCUGCCGGAACCGGGGGGCCUGGGCCUGGAGCUCCCGCUGGCCCGCCGCGGCCCCCCGGACCCGGUGGGUGCCCUGCCCUGGCGGCCCCCGCAGGGCUCCCUGUCAUCUUUCUCAAGCAGCAGCAGCUUCUCCACGGCCACCUCGCUGCCCAGCAGCUCCUCAGCCUCCACAUGUUCCCCCCUGGACUCCAGCGCCUCCGAGAUCAGCCGCAAGCCCUCAGCCGCCGCGACCUCCGGGCCCGGGGUGCCCGUGGCCUCCGCCGCCCCCGGCCCGGCCCUGGUGCGGGAGUGCGUGGUGUGUGCGGAAGGCGAGGUGAUGGCCGCGCUGGUGCCCUGCGGCCACAACCUCUUCUGCAUGGACUGCGCUGUGCGCAUCUGCGGCAAGAGCGAGCCCGAGUGCCCCGCCUGCCGCACGCCCGCCACCCAGGCCAUUCAUAUCUUUUCCUAACGAGUCGCUCCCGCGGCCACGGGGCCAUCCUGAGGCCCCGGGAGUGGGCAGUGCUCUGGGCCGGGCUGGGGGAGGAGAGAUGAGGGCAGGGGUGGAGGGGCAGGCCGGGGCGGGGCAGGGGGCAGUGUGGCCAGUGUUUACAGAUGAGCUUUAACUCCGGUCCCAGGCAUGGAGACAGUGACCCGGCAGCCCAGUGGCACCUCAGUUCUUAACAAAUAACAGUAUUGAGUUGACAGGUUAAAAUAAACCAGAGAGAAAAGGUCUGUUGCACUUUUUAUUUGAGACACACACACACACCUACACCCCCAGGGUGAUCUUUUUAAAGAAAAAAAAAUUUUUACAGCCAUCAGUUGUCCUCCUUUUCUACGAAGUGGAUUUCUGAUUGGACAGUGUUGUUUUUACAGGGUGGCAGCCUCUGCAGAAAGUCCCACCAGGAGGACGGUGACAUUUUUACUACCUUUUCACUCCCUUUUUGGGGCUAACUGGUCACCCUUUUGUAGGUCAGCCCCAGGAAGGCCGGAGGGGGGCGGGGGGAGGGGCACAGGGGCAUCCCAACCAGAAAUUUCUAACUUUUUUAUUUUUAAUUAUUAAUCCUCUUCUGCUGUGGUUUAUGUUGUCCGUUUUUUAAAUUUUUUUAAUUGUUUUUUUUUUUUUUUUUUUUACUUUUACUUUUUACCUCUUGUGUAUAUGUAGCAAAUUUAUAGGGAAAUAUGUAUGUACUUUAUGGAAUAAAUUUUAAGAACUAAAAUAUAUUUUAUUUUAAAGUAACGGACCUUUAAUCUUACGCAGCUAAAUUACUGAUUAUAUAUUUGCUGAGCUGACUUAAGGGUUCAGAAAAUUGUAUCAAGAGUUUUAUUUUUUGACUCCAAAGCCUUCUUAAUAAAGUCUUUUUAUGACGUGCGA